UUAGUAAUGGCCUACGCCUAGAACAUUUUUUACGGUGGCAAAGCAGUUAUUUCUUUGUACUAAACAUUUAUUUUAAAUUAUUUUUUUACUUCAUUUUGUAGAGAAAAUCAUGUUACUUCGGUGCCUUUUAUUCGCUGUGGUACUUCCCGCCGUGUUGUAUGGUGAACGCUUAGACAGAUUCAUCAAGCACUAUGAAACAUUAAACUAUGAUUCCAAGGAGCUACACUUGAAGCAUGAGAGGGCGAGGCGGUCAGCCCCGGGAGAAACAAGCGUCCACCUUGAUUUCAAUGCUCAUGGAAGGGACUUCAAGCUUCGACUGAAAAGGGGUGCCCCUUUCUUGUCGCCUGAUCUAAUCGUAGUGACCUCAGAGGGAGCCAGGCACAAUCAACCAGAUUACCUAUACAUAGGAGAACUUGAAGGUGAAUCAGACACCAAGUGCCACGGCUCGAUCCUGAAGGGCCACUUCUCAGGAACCAUCUAUGCAGACAGCGACACCUACCACGUGGAGCCGGCCCACAGGCAUUUCGACGAGCCGACCGAGUUCCACUCCAUCAUCUACAGAGGGAAGGAUGUAGAGCAUCCCAGCGAAGGGGGAUGCGGCCUGACCAACGAGAUGUUCAAAUGGAUGCAGAAGGUCCAGCAGUCGGCUGUGGAGGAGGACAAGCCACAUGCGGAAGCAGAGUCCACGAAGCAGAGUGACCCCAAGCAGAGCGACCCGAAUCAGUACUCUCAUCCCCUCAAUGAGAAUCUCUACACCAACCCAGCGCAUCGCCGAUCUAGACGCCAAGCUGUCACUAAAUCCACCUGCAAUCUAUACCUCCAGUCCGAUCAUACGUACACGGAUUACUUCAACAAUGACGAGUCGGAGGUGAUCAACCAGUUCAACAACUACGUCUCUGCGAUCAAUGCCAUUUAUACCAAGUACACAUUCGGCAACUUCAGGGACGUGGGAUUCAUGGUGGACAGGAUUAGGAUCAACGGGACUACUGAUAAGCAGGAUUCCACCAACCCCUUCCGCUUCGACAACAUCGGCGUGGAGAAAUUCCUGGACCUGAACUCUCUUCAGAACCACAAUGACUAUUGCUUGGCCUAUGUGUUUGCUAACAGGGACUUCAACGAUGGUGUACUGGGUCUGGCGUGGGUUGGCUCCUCUGGAAGCACAUCUGGCGGGAUCUGUGAAACCUUCAAGCUUUUCAGCAGUGGCUACCAAAGUCUGAACACGGGUAUCGUUACAGUCAAGAACUAUGGCUCCCAGGUUCCUACUAAAGUGACGGAAAUCACCUUCGCCCACGAGGUCGGACACAACUUUGGCUCACCGCACGACUACCCAAAUUCGUGUCGACCCGGUGAUUUCUCAAGCACACGCGGCGAGGGCAACUACAUCAUGUACGCCAGCGCCACAUCCGGUGACAAGACAAACAAUAAGGAGUUCUCAUCAUGCAGCGUGGGCAACAUCACGGCCGUUGUUAAUGCUAAGGCCAGCAGAUGCUUCGUCUCAUCUGACCGCCCAGUGUGUGGAAACCAAAUUUUGGAUCCAGACGAGGAGUGUGACUGUGGCUACGAUGACCAGUGCAGUGACCCCUGCUGUAACCCACGCCAGUCCGGAGUAAGCCCCGAUAGCGACCCACUAGCCUGUAAGCUGAAGAUACGGAAUGGUGCUCGCGUAGAGUGCAGUAAAUCAGCAGGACCUUGCUGUACUGCUGAGUGUACUUUCCAAACAGCUGGAAGUGCAACGGAAUGUCGGCCAGGUACUGAAUGCAGCAUGGCAUCAAGUUGUGAUGGGAAUAGUGCGGCGUGCCCGACCUCACUGCCCCAUGAGAACGACAAGCUGUGUAACAGUGACAAGCAGACGUGCCAGAAUGGGGACUGCGUCGGAUCAAUCUGUCAGCUGUUUGGCUUAAUGGAGUGUUACUGCUCACCCCCCACAACCGAUAAAGAAGAAGAUGCUAGCUGUCACUUGUGCUGCCAAGAAGGAGCGGAUGAAUCCACUUGCAAGAGCAGUCUGAUGUAUCCCCAGAUGGACAACCACACAGCUACCUAUGGUGAGCUGGAACCCAGUGGCGGGUCCACAGUCAAGACCCUGUUCCAGGUUCCGGGUGCUCCUUGCAACGAGCUCCAGGGCUACUGUGACGUCUUCUACAAGUGUCGCAACGUUGACUCCAACGGCCCACUGUCCAGACUCAAAGAUGCCAUUCUGAAUCCACAGUUGUACAAGGACAUCGCUGGCUGGCUCAAGGAUAACUGGUGGGCAGCGGUUCUGAUCGGCAUCGCUUUAAUCCUCUUCAUGGCCAUCUUUAUAAAGAUCUGCAGCGUACACACCCCAAGCAGCAAUCCAAACCUGCCUAAGCACAGACAGCUGACGCUCCCCAGGAGGCCGAACUCACGAGGGCGCGGCGGAGGAUCAAGUGGGAUAGAGAUGGCCUAAUGUGCUCUGCCUGCACAAUCCCCCCCCCUCCUCAACCGCUUGCUAUCUUUCUCUGCUCGUUGGUGAACCACUUUAAAAAAUGAGAGAGUUGAAGGUUUGGUUUUAUACUUAGGAAUAUUUGUUUGUGGUAAUUUUGUUGUGUUGUUUUCAACUGAGAUGUUGUGUCUAGUUUUGAUUACAAUGUGGUGUGGUUUUGUCUGAGAUAAUAAUGAUGAUUAUUUUGGGAUGGUUUUUGUUUGUCGGGGUAUUUGAUUGUUUGUUUGGUAAUUUUUUAAUGAGUGUUUUGGGGUUGUUGUUGUUGUUUUUUUGUUUUUUGGGUGGGGAGGGGGGCUUAUUACAGUUGAAAUGGUACAUGUAUGUUGGUUUAAUUGUUUUCAGUGAAUACACCAGAAUUAUUUAUGCAAUUAUUAAUUCCGAUUACCCAGUGUAAAAAAAAAAAGAAAAAAAAAAAGCUUGUUAAGAACGAGAAAAAUGGCUGCAAACAGAAAUGUCUUGCGCCAAAGCAGGGAACCUUCCGAAAUGAUAUGUACUUUACAUUGAUUUGACUGGUGCCUGCUCAGUAUUUUCAUUGAGACUUAAUGAAGCAUCAUUUUCUGUUUGUGCACAAAUAUUAAAUGUGCUUGCAGGAAAGAAGACUACCGGCUAAAAUACCAUAUCAAACGUUACACUUGCAACUGGUUUCCUGCUUAAUUUUUUGCUUAGCAAAACAUUUUUCAGUGUUUUUGUCUGCUUUUAAGGAGCAGCUCUAUUAACUUUGGAUGAGACUGGUCCAAACUUUAAGUUUGGAACUAGUGAUAAGUAACGAUGUUAAGUUGUAAUUUGGCUGGUAGCACAUUUCUAUGAAGAACAGCUACAUGGAUGAAAUUGACCCCGGUUUUGUUGGGCUCAUACUUAAAUAUAAGUGAUAUAAAUACUUUGGGUUUUUUUUAUCUAGGUUUUAGUGUGAGGGUCGUUUUUCGUUAUUGUUUUGGGUUUUACUUUCACUCUAAGAGUCUGAAAGGAUUUAUUUUGAGAGCACAAUUUAUCAAAUAAAAUUCACAAAAAUUGUGGUGUAAGUCGAAUAGCAAGACUAAUCAACUACAAACAUUUUGAAAUAAAAAUACUUAGGUUUAAUUUGUGUGCCAUAUAAAUAACUAUAGUAUAAUUUAAUUUUAGGUAUCUAUAUUUAAAUCUUAAAUCAAAAUGCAUGUAAUUUGUUUUUCAAUCACUUCCAUUCUUUCCAGUUGACGUCCAUGAACAAUUGUAGUUGUCCGCUUGUAUUUGUAGGCCUCUAAUUUGUGACUUUUCAUCAAACUUAAUCACCAGACUUUUAGCUCAAAAUAUUUGAAGCAAAAUCUGCUGUUUACCAGGUUUCUGGUUGAAUGUGCUAAUUACUAAAUGCAGCUACAGGUCUAAGGCCAUAACAAUAAGUUUUCCAUUGAAGGAUUAUGAAAAAUUUUUCAAGUUAUUCUUUGAACCAUCAUUCUUUUAUACAGUUAACAAUGAAUAUUCCAAGCACAUGUUAGUGGCUUGUUUUAGUUAUUUAGUUCACUUACUUUUAGGCUAAGGGUUAUGUUUUUCAAGAAUAUUUUGGGAUUUUUCCUGUUCAAUUUCGUUAAAAAAGUAUUUAUUGUACUCGGAUUGCGCUAUGUUCCACUUGAUAUUUACUACACGGUAAAAAAAAUCACUAAAUAAAAGAGUUGUGUAAAACAUUAACUUUGUUGGGCAUGUUUGCUGGAGUAAAACAUCAUUGGGUCAUCACAGACAUGCGAGUACAAGCCAAAAACAGUCCCCUCACUGAGAUUAAUGAUGAGCUUUCAUUGGCCGAGAGUCGUGCCGAGCACAGACAUGUUUCUUUGCAAGGGGGUCUACAUGGACUGGAUAGCUUACAUGCCUUGUUGUGUACUUUAUCAGUGCUUUUGUGUACAAACCAAUGCCAAAGCCUGCACAUCUACAAAAUCCGGAAACCAACUACGUAUUAGUCAAUUGGAAUGCCGUAAUCAGGAGUUUGAUGCAUGCCUCACACUGUAUUGAUGCACAAAUAGCUAUGUACCACUGAAACGACAUGACUCAUACAUGUGGGUUAUAUUAAUCUGUUCACAUAUCCUGCUUAGCAUUAAGGAAGGUACCAGUCAAACCAGACUGGUUUAUACAGAGGGACAAGAAAAGGUCAAGCAUUUUUUUUAAGUAGGUUAUAAGGUUAAGUUAGGGGCUAUAUCGGUGGAUGAUUAUGUAAAAGUUUUUGUUUCAAAGGUUGAUUUGUAUUUAGAAUGUGUCCGAGGUAUUACCCGUGUUUGGCUGAAAAUCAAAAUUACAAAUUAUUCGUAAUUGUAGCUGCAAAUGUAUGAACAAAUUAAUGAAAAUGUGCGAAAAUGAACCAACAUUGGCAUAUUUAAUAUCCUUGCAUUUACCGGGUAGUCAGCUGGGGGUAGUGUUUCAGAUUGCUCAGAUUAAAAAACGUAAAACAAAGUCUAAGUGAAAAAGGCUACAGCUCUUGUGGGGGCUCUCUCGAACAAAAACAUAAAAGACAAAAAAGUAAAGGUCAUGUCAAGAAUAGACUGGUACUGUUUAUUGAUUUUCCAGCCCCUUAGUUAUGGCCACUGUGUCUACUGGGAACGCAACAAUGAGUACUUGUUAAAACCAACAUGCAGAUAAUAUGAAUUUAAAGGAAUGCACUCAAUUAAAUUAAUGUUUAUAAGUUGUACAUGUACAUGUAUGUAGGAAGGUCCGACUAUUUUGUAUUUUUAAAACUACUUUAACAAACUACACUCAGAAUUUUUUUUUUUUUUAGGAAUAGCUUUCAUCUCGGAUGUUCGUCUGUAUUCCAUUGUCUCUAUAAUUCUAAACAAAAAUUUACAUAUUUCGAUCUGAAUAUGUGUAUAUUAGAGUAUCUUUAAGUGUAAAAUUAAUGGAAUGUUUAAAUAAUUUUAUAUAAAAUUAAUGCAUAAUAAGUUAGUUUAUGUUUAUCCCAGAAAAUUCUUGCUCAAAAAUCAGAAAAAGAUUAAAAAAUUUAUAUUUCCGUGUUCAUGCCACUUUAAUACGCACCAAUUGUGGUUUUUCUCCCGCAUUUGUGAUUUUGUUUCUAUGCAGAAUAUUUGAAAAAUAAAUCCUUCUUUUUAUUGGGUUUUAACACAAGCAGCAUGUUGUUUCUUUACUGGUUAAAAAAAAAAAAACAGUUCUGUUUAAAAGUGAAAACUGUAGAUGCGGAUUUGGAAAUUGGUAAAUGUAAGGCAAGACCAGGCUUAGCUGUAAUGUAAUCAUCAAAGUACUUCCAAUCAGUUUCCCCCAACACAGUUUUUUCUUCAUUGUUAAACUUGUAAUACGCCACCCUUAAAGAUGUACUUGAAAACUACCUAAGAAUAAGGGCAUUCAUGCCCAAAUCUACUCAAUAAUUUUGUUGGGAGCUUACUGAGCAGGGACACUUGCUACAUUGUUUUAUAAAAGCAAGAACUUGUGAUUAGCAAUAGAAUGAAAGUUCUCCCAUCGCAUCUAUGCACAAACACCCUUCGCAGGAUUGGCAGCCACAUUUUGGAAAUCAGGUGCUUGCAAUAUUUGUACAUGUGGUCGAUGGUUUCCAAAUUUAAAAAAGGUUGACUGUUAACGCCUUCGGCUACUGUCAAGCCUCCACAGCCAACCAGCUUGUGACCCGCAAAACCUGCUUAGCUUAAUAGUUCCGUUUGUGAUAACACUGUUUAAAAUGCUCACAUGUUUACCAUGGUGAUGUAUACUACUGCAUGAUGCAUGUGAAGAGUAGAAAAUUAUGCGCAUAAUCAGUUUAAGAAAUAUAACCAGAGAGUAAUGAUGGUCUUAAUCGCUCUCCUUUUCCCUUUUACUUAUCGGAAUUAUCUGUGUACAAAUUUGUUAGUGUAUCACACGGUGUGCGUAAAACGAGAAACAGAAAAGUAAAUGUAAUCUGCCUUUUUUUAAUGACUGUGAAUAUUGCUAAGUAUCAUUCUUAGUCUUUUAUACUUGCAAAACAAAUCUUGGUGGUUUUUGUAGUAAAAACACUAAAAUGGAGCAGUAGUAGAAUGUGGGAUGCGUGCGAGCUUGAAGGACAUGAUUUGGAAUCUAGAUUGUGAUUGUUUAUUUCAUUCUGCCAUUAUGUGAUCCCCCCCCCCCCCCCCCCCCGAAAGCUUGUCUGUCUUUGGGUGGAGUUUUUUCUACCCACAUUCCUGGCUACCUCACAUUUUGUUUCCUUUCUUCACAUGUAAUACGAAACUAUUGUUUCUAACCCCCCCCCCCCCCCCCCCCCCCCCCCACCCCCACCCCGCCCAAUCUAUCUUAUGUUCGUGAAAACAUCAAAAAGUCGAUCUAUAACACUAAACAAAUUUUGAUUUUGUCCCUGUUUUUAUUUUAUUUUUAUUUUAGGGGGAGGGGUUUACUUUCACCAGUCCCAGAUCUGUGAUCACUGAUCUUGUGGACAAACAAGAUCUACCCCCCCCAUCUUCCCCCAAACCACUGCACUUAGAAGUUCUGGUCUUAGAUUUCCAGGGGGAAAAAUGUCUUUCAACUUGUAACACUCCUGGAAGGUUUUGCUUUUGCUCACAGUAUUAAAGGGUUUUUUUUUCCUUCAAAUUUACACAGUUGUUUCCUUUUAACAUCUUGAGAAAACUCCAAAAAUCUUAAUUGUUAUUGAAUUUUCAAGUUUAUUCAUCUGAAGAAGAAAACAAAAUUGUUUUUAAAAGUUAUUUUUGUAUUUUUUGUUUUUUUCUUAAUUGUGUGAACACUCAAAUAAUUACAAGAUUGUGAAGAUUGGAUUGCAAGCUUUUUUUCCAAUAAGGGUAAAGUAUACACUAUAUUAUUAUGUAGAAAUGAGCUUAUCAAAUUAUAGUGUAAAUAUUUCAAAGCUAGUAUUAAAGGAAUUGAAGAUAUGAAUUUGAA